ACUGAAGACUGUAAAACAUUGCCGCUAAGGCUUCCAGAUCACCCACGCCAGAUAAAUCGCUCGGACGCGUCUUCCCUCUUCUGUAGUCGACGGCACCGUCCCGCAAGCGAAACCCCAACCCUAAUCCGGCUCCGAUCUCCCCCGCCAUGGCCAGCAAGACGAAGGAGUUCGACGGCGCCAGCCCUGCCAAGAUCUUCAUCGGCGGGCUCUCCAAGGACACAAGCAUCGGUACAUUCAAAGAGCAUUUUGGGAAGUACGGGGAUAUAACUGAUGCCGUCAUAAUGAAGGACCGCCACACUCAAAAGCCCAGAGGCUUUGGAUUUAUUACCUUUGCAGAUACUGCUGUUGUUGACAGAGUGAUUGAAGAUGAUCAUAUUAUCAAUGGAAAGCAGGUUGAAAUCAAAAGAACUAUCCCCAAGGGUGCUGCCCCCUUGAAAGAUUUCAAGACAAAGAAGAUUUUUGUUGGUGGAUUACCCUCUGCUCUAAAAGAAGAUGAGUUCAAGGAGUUCUUUUCAAAGUUUGGAAAGGUGGUGGAGUAUGAAAUCAUUCGUGACCAUGCAACCAACCGGUCACGUGGAUUUGGUUUUAUAGUCUUCGAUGCAGAAAAAACUGUACACGAGUUAUUAGCUAAGAAAGGCAAUAUGAUUGAUCUAAAUGGCUCUCAGGUGGAGAUCAAGAAGGCAGAACCAAAGAAACCCUCUAACCCACCACCUCGAUCAAUUGAUAGUGAACCUAGGGGCCGUCCAUAUGCGGAAAGUUAUGAUGGAUUUGGCAGCUCCUAUAACUAUGGUGGUAGUUUUGGCCCCUAUAGAUCACCUGGAAGUUUUGGUGCUAGGCCUGGCGGCUACAGUAGUGCUUAUGGUCCUGUUGAUUAUGGUAGUGGCUAUGGUGCAUAUGGUGGAGCAUUAGGAGGAUACAGGGGAGAAUCCUCGCUCUAUUCUAGUCGUUUUGGUAGCACUUAUGGAGGAAGCAUUGGUGGCGGGUAUGGUGGUGGCAGUUAUGCUGGUGGAUUAGCUGGUGCCUAUGGGCGUGAUGCUGGGGGUUAUGGUGGUUCUAGCUAUGGGCCUAGUUAUGAUUCUUCAGGUGCUAGUGCUGGUUCUGGUUCUGGGUAUGGCAUGGGUGGACUCUACGGUGCUAGGACAGGCUAUGGUAGCACUGGUGGCAGUAGUGCUGCUGGCCGUUAUCAUCCAUAUGGAAGAUAGAAAAGCAUCAGAGGCUGCUGUUUGCUAGAGAAGCUUGCAGAAGAUCAAUUCUAGAUGUGUGUUCAAGAGAGAUUUGUCUGCAUCUAGAAAGGCCUAUUGAAGUUCAAUAUGCUCAGUUCGCUGUACUACUUUUAGAUCAACUUGUAGAACUUAAAGCCACUAUUUUAGUGUUUGGAAUUUAAGCAUACUUAAGACUGCAUAUGCGCUUUUAUAGAUAGACAAUUCAGUGACUUAAAGCUACCCACUAGUUUAGUUUAUGCUCUUGAGAUUGUUGUCUUUUUAGGUCUUUUAUGAUAUGAUUAAACCUGAUGGUUUUAUGUGUUGUUUUUUUUGUUAGAAUAGAAGAUUUCCUUUGCUUUUAUGAAGAUUGUUGUAGCUUGUCUGACUUGCCAUUGUUGAUGGUGGUUACUCCAACACCAUUGUUGAUGGUGGUUACUCCAACACAAGCCUUGUUUCUUUACGUUCUUGGACAUAACAUGUGUCCGUGCUGAUGAUUGUCACAUAAGUUUCUUGGACAUAAGUUGUAUUUGGAAUUUUGGACCGAAUUAGUCUGGUGAUUCACGUAAUGGGAUGUUUUUUUUA